CGCAGUAGAAUAUAAAUAGACAUUUUUGAGCAUUUUGGAGAAAUGUUAUUUACAUUGACAACGAUUUUAUAUAUUUCAAAACAAACACCCAUGAAUCGAAAAUAAAAUCAAUACAUUAUUGUUAUAUACAUGUCUAAGCAUUGUUUACAAACAUUAACCUGUCGUAAAACAUACGUUUCGUCUUGUUAUCACAGAAAUAAAAUUGUUCAUGUUGAUAAUGAAAUAAAGCAUUGCAAAAAUUAAUUUAACUGUGUUUAAAUCAUAGCUUUUAAGAUAAACUUUUCAGUCGUUGUAGCAAUGCUUUCUUUCCUGGAUAAAAACUUGUUAAGUAUAUACGUAACAGUUCAUCCCUGAGAAAAUGUGAAUGAAUUAUUGAUGAAAUUUUGGCCAAAUUGAAGAGUUCAUUUCAUAGGUGCAUGAAAAAUGUAGAUCUCUAAUAUGGCUUAAGUGAUACAUUUCAAAAACUCGAAAUGCCAUGAAUCUCAUGAUUGUGAAAAUGAACUCAUAAUGUACAGUCAGCAGCUAUUUCUUCAAACUGCUGACCCCUGCAGUUAUAUUGCUGCAAAAGAUGAAGGUGGCAAAAGAUACGGAAAGAUACAAGAUGGGUUAGAGUCUUCCAUCAGUGUUGAAGGCAGAGCAAGAAUAACAAGAAUACUGAGCGAGAUUCACAGUUUGACAGAUGUUGAGAAGUUGUUGCUCUACCUGAAGUUACCAACAGGUGGCAUUCAAGAAGACCAAAAUAGACUGACGCCACCAUCAUGUUUGCCAACAUCAAAUAGAAAGGAGCAAGGUGAGGCAUUUACCUGGAUUAAAAGUCAUCUUGAAGAACAUGGAGAUGUGUGCAUGCCGAAGGCUGAGGUUUAUGAUGAGUACAGACAAUACUGCGAGCAGCACGAUCUCCGGCCGUUAUGUAACGCCGACUUCGGCAAGAUGAUGAAGCAGGUGUUCCCGGAUAUAAACACGCGACGCCUCGGUCAGAGAGGACAAUUUACAUAUUUCUACGGAGGGCUGAGGAAGAAGCUAGAACCUGCCCCGCCCACCUUGCCAGAACUGGAGAUUACUACAAAAACUAUUGAGAUUGAUACUAGCUUAAUGGAGAGUGAGAUUUUUAAGUCAUCUUGCCAGCUGGUGUGUGAAUGGGCUGAUAAACUACUUGAUAUGAAAUUUGGUAGCAUCCAGGAGAUAGCCGAACAUCUUAUUGUUAAAACUUUUGUCAACACCAAGUCCGUCGCUGCAUUCACUUUGAUUGCAGCCAUGCAAGAGGGAGGGAAAUAUAAUCUUAAAGAUUCGGCAUUGUUCAGUAGUCAGCAUGGAACAAGUGGUGAUAAACAUAAAGAAACCAAUUUACUGCUUCAAAGAAAAUUACAGCAGAAUAAAGAAAUACAGAAACAAAAAGAUAAAGCACAGGCUCUACGUGGUGAGCUGCAGCAACAGAUUGGUCCUCAAACUAACAUUUCAAUCAUUUCAUCUGGAUCCAAAAACACAGGUACCAGUCAAAGGAAAACAGUCACUCCGUCUAUUUCAUCAGGUUCCACAGUCCAACAAAAAUCUCCCAGAAUUCCAAGCUCGAUUACCAGUCCAGCACCGUCUCAGUCAGCCAGGAAGUCGGUGUCGCCAUGGCAACCACAGAAGACGUCGGAAUAUCCGAGCAAGACCGUUGACCCAGGUUCUAAUUUAAAUACAGGAAGUGAUGUAUGUGUGAGCGUCACAGUGCAGCAUAUUGGAGUGUCGUCUGCUAACAUUCCAAAUGCUAACAGUUCUAUCAAUGCGAAAAGUGACAAUGUGUGGAUUAAGGAUGAAGGUAGACAUAAUAAUGAGAAUGAUUUGGCAGCCAGCCAAAUCAAAGUAGCGUUUAGUGAGAGUGUUGAUAAUAGAAAUGUGGGCGGUACUACAGACGAUUUUGAUAACUAUAAACCUAUGAGUGCUGAAAGUGUAUGUGAAGCUAAAACACCGGAAAAUUCCAUGGAAACCGAUCAGUCGGAAUAUAGUCAUGUACGGAAAAUCGACUUUGAUGAUGUUAUGGCACAGAAUAAAGGUGAAAGUUUGACUGUGAAUAACAGAAGCUCAGUGUCUGAAAAGGUGAACAGUGGCAAUAGAAAAGACAAUGCUGCAGGAGCAGACGUGCCAGAAACUUCUGCUGAGAAAUUAUCAAAGUCAACUGGGUGUCUCAGUCUGAAGAAAAUGUUAGAAAAUAAACCAGAUAACCAGUCAUGUCUGAAUAAAUCAAUGGGGCAUUUAGGUAAAUCCAAAACUGCAUUAUUUGUGAACCAGUCAACCGUCCCAGGUAGAAGUGCUUUUGUUCCAUUUUCCCAGGUCCAGUCUUUGUGUCGUAAAGAAGGGGCGAGUGUUAACCAGUCUGUUGCUAUGGCAAUACCAAUAAUUAUUCCGUCUGCUGCACAGACACAACCUAGUCAGACUGUCUCACAACCAGCUAGUUUCACAAUGAUUGCCUUACCGACAGAAAUUCAUACCAGUCCAACUAAAAAUCCUCCAGACUUGAGCAACAACGAGCCACUAUUUAAUAUUGUCCCUGCAUCAGCUGUAUUCAAACCACCAAGCAAUGAUGGAAACACUGAUCUCGCAUUCCAGACUUCAGGCAUCGACUCAUCAAAGCUUCCUUUGAACAUUCAAAAUCAAACAAAUGAAAGUACAAGUGUCGUAACUGUGUCAUCAGUUAUGUCUAAAACAACAGGGAGCGAAUGUAUCGUCUCUUCUUCACAAACUUUCCAAAAUCUUCCGAAACAGUUACGUACAAAGUUUACACCAAUUCGUCCAAAGGCAUCUCCGAAUAAAGCACAAAGCCAGCCCCAGAAAGAUGCGAAAGCGGAUGUUCCUACCUACGGGAAAGAUAAACGACCUGUGUCUGCAAUCUUGAAAGAAAAGCGAGCAAAAGAACAGGCUGAAGCUAUCGCCAAGUUUCAGUCGAGUAUUCAGUUACCAUAUCAACAGAACAUAUCAGUGACCAGUCAGCAGUUGAGUACGCUUCAAGGGCUUCAAGCUGGGUCUAGUAAUAUACCGCCCAGUGAGGUGGUCAUUAUUGUCAACAAUCAGCCAAUGAAACUUCAGCAAGUGAGCAAUAUGGGACAAAAAUCUGUCACAGAUCAGUCGCUUGUCGGUAAUAAUUCAAAUGUCACAACAAAAGCUUACCAGCUGGCAGCAUCAGGUCCAGAUAAAAAGGAAGUUGAUCCGGAAAAAACUGAAGUAAACUUUAAUCUUGUUUCUAGUGAAAACAUCGAUAAACAAUCCAAAAAUUCCACAACUUCUAUUAGCUCAACUGACACAUUAAAUCUUGGUAGUGAAGAUUAUGAUAUCGGAAGUAGUUCAUCAGAAAGUAAAGUAUUCUCUCCAAUGAGUGAAGAAAGGGACGUAACUCCGAUUUUGUGCGAGGACUAUGAGGACAGUGAUCUGAUUGACAAUUUUAACACAGCUGGCAAUGGUAACCUUAACAUACUCGGAGUGAGAUCAGAAAGUAAGACAGGUGGAAUAGGCACUGAUAGGGCAGAAAAUAUUAGUACAGAGUUAGUGGAUCAAAUGUGGAUCGAAACACCGCGAAAAAUACAAAAAUUAAACAUUAAAUCACCCUUUCAGGAAGACUUGUCUAAUUCAUUAGGUCGUGAAACUCCAGUCAGAAUUUCAAAACCAUCUGAUCUAAGUUUAAGCAGACCCGAAAGUGCUGAUUUGUAUGGACGGGAGACUCCAUCUGGCGCAAGAAAACGAAAGUCAUCGGACAUCCAUGCGAGACAGAAUUUUAAACGUCUGAACUCCACAGGGGAGGAGGGCGACCCAGCUCACAAUUUGUCUUUUGUUUUAAGUCCAGAUAAUGAUUUGUCUGUCAAUGAUAUCCCUAGGAGGACCCAAUCUUGUACGAUGGAACUUGACCCGGAAGCAAAGGUCAAAUAUCAACCUCAACACCUUUAUCGUCAACAGCAGCAGCAGCAACAACAACAAAUGCAGCAGCAGACGGUAAAAUCUGGGGGCAGUUCACUAUUACCUGGGUUACAGAGUCCAGAUAUACACAGUCUAGAGCGUGAAGCUCUGAUUGAGUCAUUCCCUAAUAGUCUGUAUGCAAUGAAACCACAGCACAAAUCACACAAGAACCAGUCGAGUUCAAUAGGGGUCAGUGCAAGGUCAUUGAGACAGUCGCAGCAGAAGUUAAUCAAGCAGCAGCAAGACCUUGAUGAAAGAGUGAAGCAUUUUCUACAAAUGCAGACUGAGAGCAGUCUCAAUGUUGACAUUGGGGAAAGCAGUGAACCAGUCACGAAAAAUAAAGGAGAACAGAAAACCAGUCAGAAUUCACCCGGAAGUAGAGCCAGUCUGAAAGCAGAAUCAUUUGUAGUAUCAGACAGGGGGAAACCAUAUCAGCGACCAUCCAGUGUCACUACUGUUGGGAAUAGAAUGUCCAACUUAGAUAUUGAGCCGUCUGGUUUACCAAGUGAUGUUGCAGACUGGAUCAAUGAAACCAUAGAAAAGAGACAGAAAGAAAACCAGUCUGUUAUGUCAGAGCCAGAAUUUAGAAAUUACCAGUCUAUGAAAGCUGGCAGAAAUCCAAAAUUACAAAACUUCAAGUUUGAAGUGGAUAAUUCAGUCCAAAGUGGUAAAAAGGUCAGUCCUAUUUGUGGAGGUCAAAGUAAAAAUGCAAAGGAUAUGUCAAGUUUUAACACUGUCCCUGAUGUUGUGAAUGAUGACAAUAAUUUCACUGUACCAAAAGCGCCACCUGUCUCAAGCACACGUAUGAAAGACACCUUGAGACUGAACACUGAUAUAUCUUCAGUAAGUCAACGAUGUCAGUCUUUGCCAAUUUUUGCCUCACCUGUGCAAAGUCCAGUCUCUCCAAUGGCUCCUCCGGGGACACAUCUCCAUGGCAACCAAAGGGCUUCAUCCAUGUCGCCAAGAGGUCAGAUUGCUGAUCAGAGUACUGAGAUGCUUUCUCCAACUUCAUUUGGAAUUCUUUCCCCUGGUAAAAGAAGGGAGCUUCGUGAAGUAGGGCACAAAGAGUCAAAGCAAGGCACAUAUUUGGCAAGCAUCCAACAUUCUCUGCAGAAACCUGUUGACACACCACAUGAUGUCAUAAGUCCACAAGACUCCGCCUUUGGUAAACACCCACUUUCUGGUGGGAAAAAUUUGAAUGCGCUGCAUAAUAAGAGUAGGGAGUCUUCCAUUGAUGCCGAUGAUCGUUUUGUCUCCAAAACGCCAUUUUCUGACUCUGGCUAUCAUAGUUGUGGCCCAAGUCCUAUCUUGAACUCCACGCCAGUCUCUGCUGCAGAUAAUUCUGAGAUUGUGUAUGGCCAAGGACGUGGUCAGAUGACAUAUAAACCAUCUAUAGCAGAGUCUCCAAUAACCAUGGUAACAGACUUUACAAGUCCGGUUCAACAACUGUCUCCACAUCAAUCACCCAACAUCCCACAAAUGACCAUACAUCAACAGAAUGUCUCCAUAGCAACCAGCCAGAUGAACAAUCUUGGCAUGAAUCCAAGUCAACUUCGAUCAUCAAUCCACAGUGCAUUUAUUCCAAUACAAGGCUCCCACCAUGAUGUUAGAUAUGUAACACCCAUUAAACCUAUGGUUACCUUACCUAAUAACAGUAUUGAACCAGUCUCAGUUCCAGUAGGUGCGGACUCAGUCGGAAAUCUAUUUAUAGAUGCUAAUCAACCAAUCACAGGUGCUGAUAUAAAUAUGAUCUCACCAAGGUCAGCAGACCCUCCUUCAUAUGAAGUUGCUAUCAAACAGUUAAAGAAAUCUUCCCCUCCAAAAGAUGGAACAAUGAAUCAAGCACAGCCUUCUGAGGUAUUGAACAAAAUUGAACAAGUCAAAGAACAAGUUCCAAAUUUUGACCAGCAGCAGACGUUGUUGGGAAACAUGGUCAGUGAACAGUCUACAGAUAGUUUAGGACCUUUUGCACAGAAGCUCAUGAAACUGUCUCAACAAACACAGAAUAUUGUUGGUAAAGACAUGAGAACUCUGUUAAGAAGUGAAAUUAUAAACUCAAAAAAUCAAGCCACCUUAGGUACAAAUAUUGGAAAUCAGUUAAUUCAGUCAGGAAAUGACCUUACAAACCUGACCAGUUCUGUUAAUGAGUGUCAGAUAAAUAUUUCCACAUCAGAUAGAGAUCCUAGUGGUGCUAAUUUAGAUUUUAAUUUCGGUGGAGAUAUGAAUGUGUACUCGAAUAACCAGUUAAUGAAAAAUACCCAUUUAGAUCAAAGGCGUCCGGAUUUUGUGCUAAAACAGAGUGAUAGUCUUAAAAAUGUGCUCCCUAAUUCAUACCCUGAUCAUUCCAUACUUAUAUCUAAUCCAUCAUCAGACAAUGUGCUAAAUAUAGAUCCGUCCUUUCAUUUGUCAUCUCAUUUUGUAACAGCCAAUCAGAGUGAAGCUUUGCCUUCAAUUCAUAAUCAUGACUCAACAAAUUUGAACUUGAUUGAAACCAGUCAGCUUUUGAACAAACCAGACUUUUCUCUACCUAGGGAUUUGAAUGAAACUCAGAAAUUCCAAGUGACAAAUACAGAGUUAGGGAUGUUAGAUGAUAGUGGUGCUUACAAUAGAUCUGAAAACAAUAGUAUGAUUAAGAACUUGCUGAUUAGCGGGAAACUGACCGGUGAGGAAUUGGACAUGGUUGUAGAAAAUGGUCAGAACAAACAAGAAGGUUUAACGCAGCAGGAGUUAGAUGAUAUAGGGUUACCGUGGGAACCGUUUAGAGAAAUUGAAGGGGAUUUUGGUGAUUUUAACAUGUUUAACUGAUGUUUUAAGAGCAUGUUAGAAAAUUUUUGAAAACCUAACUGCUGGAGAAAUGAGACUAGAUCAACAGAGAUGGCCAAAGUUGAAAAUGCUGUGAAUUGUCAAAUAUGGAGUAAACGUUC